AACUAGAGGCAGAAAUGGAGUGCAAGGUGCUACCGCACUGACACUACCGCACUGACACUUCUGGUGUUGUGGCCCUCUGCAGUGGUGCUGGGGUUGGAACCCAGGCUGCAUGCAUGACAAGGCACACACCCUACCAGAUUGUCAGUAUUUAAACAGACCACAUCAUGCGUGAGUACAAGCUAGUAGUCCUUGGUUCAGGAGGCGUGGGGAAAUCUGCUCUGACAGUUCAGUUUGUUCAGGGAAUUUUUGUUGAGAAAUAUGACCCAACGAUAGAAGAUUCUUACAGAAAGCAAGUUGAAGUAGACUGCCAACAGUGUAUGCUCGAAAUCCUGGACACAGCUGGAACAGAGCAAUUUACAGCAAUGAGGGAUUUAUAUAUGAAGAAUGGCCAAGGUUUUGCAUUAGUAUAUUCUAUUACAGCUCAGUCCACGUUUAACGACUUACAGGACCUGAGGGAACAGAUUUUACGGGUUAAAGACACAGAAGAUGUUCCAAUGAUUUUGGUUGGUAAUAAAUGUGAUCUGGAAGAUGAGCGAGUAGUUGGCAAAGAACAGGGUCAGAAUUUAGCAAGACAGUGGUGUAACUGUGCCUUUUUAGAAUCUUCCGCAAAGUCAAAAAUCAACGUUAAUGAGAUAUUUUAUGACUUGGUCAGACAGAUAAAUAGGAAAACACCAGUGGAAAAGAAGAAGCCUAAAAAGAAAUCAUGCCUGCUGCUCUAGACCGCAGUAAGCAGCAGCUCUGAGCCAGACUACAGGAAUGAAGAACUGUUGCCUAAUUGGAAAGUGCCAGCAUUCCAUACUUCAAAAACAAAAUCUGAAGAGGCUUCUCCUGUUUUAUAUAUUAUGUGAAGAAUUUAGAUCUUAUAUUGGUUUGCACAAGUCUCUGGAGAAAAAAAAAAUGCUCUGUGUAUAUCUCUUGGAAAAUAAGACAAUAGUAUUUCUCCUUCGCAAUAGCAGUUAUAACAGAUGUGAAAAUAAAUAUACUUGACUCUAAUAUGAUUAUACAAAAGAGCAUGGAUGCAUUUCAGAUGUUAGAUAUUGCUACUUUAAUCAAAUGAUUUCAUAUUGACAUUUUUUAUCAUGAUUCAUCCCUGGCAAGCACUAAAAAAAUUGAACCAUUAUACUGUAUAUCUAUAAUGAUAUAGAUUAUGGAAUUUGCCCUCAAACUCAUUGCAGCAGAUAACUUUUUGAGUCAUUGACUUCAUUUUAUAUUUAAAAAUUAUGAAAUAUCAUUCUGUCAUUAUAUUCUAAUUAAAAUUGUGCAUAAUGCUUUGGAAAAAAUGGGUUUUAUAGGAAAAACUGGGAUAACUGAUUUCUAUGGCUUUCGAAGCUAAAAUAUAUAAUAUACUAAAAACAACUCUAAUAUUGCUUCUUGUGUUUUACUGUCAGAUUAAAUUACAGCUUUUAUGGAUGAUUAAAUUUUAGUACAUUUUCA